ACUUAUGCUUGCUUGAGACUUAUCAUGACCUGGAUGACUGAGAACAUCCACAGAUUUAUUCAUACUCAUUUUGGGGCGGACACCCUGCGGAGGGUGCGGGAGUAUGAGAGACUGGCGAGGAAAGUGGCGGAUUACAGGAACCACCUGCGGUUCAACCUGCGUUGCAGGCAAAAAAGGAUCUUUCCCAAAAGCUUAUGGCUCACCUCCACGGUGAAAGGCCACAAAGCAGAAAGCAUCCUAAAGAGGGCACAGAACCAACUCCUCAAUGAGAGAGUUAGACAGGUUCAUUUUACGAUCGAUGUCCUACGAUCAAAAAUUGAUGCGUUGGAGGAAGGGCUGGAGGCAGUCCUUCCUGGGCAUGUUUGGGAAGCCGUUUCCAAACACACAGAGACAGCACAGAUGGCGCAGCAUGCUAAGGGCAAAGAAAGGCAAACACGGAAAUUUCAGAACCUUGAGUCCCGGUUCUAUAGUUCCAGGGGGGAACAAGAAUGGGCCAAAAUACAGAGCUCUGAAGGAAGGACUGGCGGCAGUCCUUCCCAGGCGGCCACACAGAGCAAAACAGCGGAACUGGACACCUAUGACAAAUGGGUUAAGAAUUUGUCAGACAGAGAGCUCACUCCAGCCGAGCGGGGGGUCCUUGCCAAAGGACUGAACUUUGCAGUCACACCAGAUGAGUUACCGGUGGUGGACUUGGUGACGGCCACAGAAUCGGCCAUUAGGAACAAUAGGUUGUCAGAGACAGAGGCGGAACAGAUCAGGCUUAAGGUGUCGGCAGCACUCUCCAGUGCCAAGUUACCCCCGUCCAACAUCUCCGCACAGGAGAAACGGGCACUGAUAACUCUGCAGAAGGAUCCCAACAUCACAAUCCUACCUGCAGAUAAGGGGAGAUGUACUGUUAUCCUUAACACAGCUGACUAUCACUCAAAGGUCAGCAGCCUCCUAUGUGACUCAGCAACUUAUGAGACCCUAAAACGAGACCCCACCAACACCUACAAACUCAAAGUGGUUAACUGCCUGCAAAAACUGGAGAAAAGUCAGAUCAUCGACCGGGCCCUGUACUACAAACUCUAUCCAGGCGAUGCUAUCCCUUGCAUAUACGGGCUGCCAAAAAUUCACAAAGAGGGCGCCCCUCUGAGACCAAUUGUAAGCAGCAUCAACUCUGUGACAUACAACAUUGCUAAGUAUCUUGCCACCAUCCUUUCCCCAUUGGUGGGGGACACCCCCCACCACAUAAGGAACUCGAUGGACUUUACAAACAAGGUCAGAAAAAUCAGCUUAGACCCUGAGGAAACUAUGGUUUCAUAUGACGUGACUUCGCUUUUUACUUGCAUUCCCACUGGAGAUGCAAUACAGACAGUAAAGAGAAAACUGUUGCUUGACAACUCUCUGUCUGAGAGGACCAACCUCUCCCCCGAACAGGUGUGUGACCUCCUUAACCUUUGCCUCAGCACCACUUAUUUCCAGUACAACAAUGGUUUCUACAGGCAAAAACACGGCUGUGCCAUGGGAUCCCCUGUAUCCCCCAUUGUAGCUAACCUGUACAUGGAAGAAAUGGAGAUUGUGGCACUGAGAACAUUCAGUGGCCACUCCCCGAGGCACUGGUUCAGAUAUGUGGAUGACACAUGGGUCACCAUCAGGAAGGGUGAGGUCGAACCUUUCACAGAACACCUCAACUCGGUGGAUAAAAACAUCAAGUUCACAAGAGAGGAUGUCCAAGACAACUGUCUGGCGUUUCUAGAUUGCGUGGUACGCAUUGAAACCAAUGGGGAACUCAACAUUGGGGUCUACAGAAAACCCACUCACACAGACCAGUACCUCCUGUUUGAUUCACACCACCCACUAGAACACAAGUUGGGGGUGAUCCGUACCUUAAAGCACAGAGCACAGAACAUCCCAUCAGAAGCGGAUGGAAAAAGAAGGGAACACAAACAUAUUCACUCUGCUCUUCAAACUUGUGGCUAUCCAAACUGGGCUUUUAUCAAAACAGCAAAAAAGCGCAGGGAGGAUAAGAAAGACGAGGACCACAAAAAAAAGAGAAACAACAUUGUCAUCCCCUAUGUGGCAGGAAUUUCAGAGAAACUCAGGAGGAUCUUUAACACCCACCAGAUCCCAGUACACUUCAAGCCCAGCAACACUCUGAGGCAAAAGCUGGUCCAUCCCAAGGACAAAAUUCCAAGGGAGAAACAGAGCAAUGUGGUGUACGCAGUGCAGUGCAAUGAGGAAUGCUCUGACCUGUACAUUGGAGAGACUAAGCAGCCAUUACACAAGCGCAUGGCACAACACAGGAGGGCCACGACCACAGGCCAGGACUCAGCAGUCCACCUCCACCUCAAGGAGAAGGGGCACUCCUUUGAUGACCACAAGGUGCGCAUUCUAGCCAGAGAGGACAGAUGGUUUGAGAGAGGGGUAAAAGAAGCCAUUCAUGUCAAACUAGAACGGCCAUCUUUGAACAGAGGAGGGGGCCUCAGACACCACUUGUCUCCCACUUACAACGCCGUUCUUAGAGCCCUCCCAAGGAGGUGCAGCCAUCUGUCCCACUUGCAGUCAGGUGACCCCCAACCACCCUCCUAGAGGGCUGGGAGGGGUAACGACCGCCCAUCAAAGGCUAACGACUCACAUUAACACCUAACGAGUCUGUUGGUUUCGGGUCUUUGUCCACUUGUUUUUGCCACCACCCUCCUGGUGGAUAAAUAUCUGGUACUCCCCACCAGGCUUUCAGAACUGAAGAAGCCUCUUGGAUGAGAGGUGAAACGUUUUCGACUCACACGAGGUUAGUCCAGUUGCCAUAACUUAUGCUUGCUUGAGACUUAUCAUGACCUGGAUGACUGAG